UGGCUGACUGCGAGCUUCUGCCCCACGUGUACGACUUGCUAUGAUGGAAGUCAAAGAGAAGAAAAAAUUCACGGGACAGAGGCCAAAGACAGCACAAGGAAAGAAUAGAUUUCAUAAAAACAGUGAUUCCAGUUCUUCAAAGACCAUCCUGAGGAAAGCUGGUAAGGAAGGCGGGCCUAAAGUCACAUCUAAGAACUUUGAGAAAGGCGCCACCAAACCUGGCAAAAAGGGUGUGAAACAGUUCAAGAACAAGCCACAGGGGGGCAAAGGACCAAAGGACAAAUUCCAGAAGCCAAAUAAAUUCAACAAGAAGAGGAAAUUCCAGCCAGAUGGUAAAAGCGAUGAAUCAGCAGCCAAGAAACCCAAAUGGGAUGACUUUAAAAAGAAGAAGAAGGAGCUGAAGCAGAGCAGGCAGCUCAGUGAUAAGACCAACUAUGACAUUGUGGUUCGAGCAAAGCACAUCUGGGAGAGCUUGAGAAGGAAGGACUGUGACAAGGGAAAGAGAGUGAAGCUGAGGAGUGACUUGCAGAAGCUGAUCCAAGGGAAAAUCAAAACUAUUGCCUUUGCACACGACUCAACACGCGUGAUCCAGUGCUUCAUCCAGUAUGGGAAUGAAUAGCAGAGAAAGCAGGCUUUUGAAGAAUUGCAAGGUGACUUGGUUGAACUAAGUAAAGCCAAAUAUUCCAGGAAUAUCGUCAAGAAAUUUCUCAUGCAUGGGAGUAAACCUCAGAUAGCAGAGAUAAUCAGAAGCUUUAAAGGUCACGUGAGGAAGAUGCUGUGGCACUCGGAGGCAUCGGCCAACGUGGAGUAUGCGUACAAUGGCAAGGCCAUUUUGGAACAGAGGAACAUGCUGACAGAAGAGCUCUAUGGGAACACAUUUCAGCUUUACAAGUCGGCCGAUCACCCAACUCUGGACAAGGUGCUGGAGGUGCAGCCGGGAAAGCUGGAGCUUAUUAUGGAUGAGAUGAAGCAGAUUCUGACUCCCAUGGCCCAAAAGGAAGCUGUGAUUAAGCACUCACUGGUUCAUAAAGUAUUCUUGGGCUUUUUUACCUUUGCACCCCCAAAACUUCGAUCAGAAUUAAUUGAAGCCAUCCGGGAAGCAGUGGUAUACCUGGCCCACACACACGAU